GGAAUGAAUGCCAGAGUGUUUGUGGUCUACAGGCAGGCCAUAGCCACUUUGGUCAUUGCUCCUGUUGCUUACUUCUCAAGAAGAAAAUCCAGUGGUUGUUCAUUGGGAUUAAGGAGCUUUUCCUUGAUAUUUUUGUCAGCACUUAUUGGGUAUAUAUACAUAUAUAUUUCGUUUUCUAUGUGAGAUUCCACAUCGGUUGGAAACGGGAACGAAGCAUAGCUUAUAAGCGUGUAGAUACCUUUUCCUUGCAGAGAUUUUUUAAAACCUUGAGGGCUGGAUUGUAAGAGGAUUCCUCAGUCCCAAAGAGGACAAUAUCUGCAUGCGGGUGGUCUGGACUGGACUGUUACAGAUGGUAUCAGAGCCACAGAACUAGGCUGUUACAGAUGGUAUCAGAGCCACUAGACUAGGCUGUUACAGAUGGUAUCAGAACCAGUGGACUAGGCUGUUACAGAUGGUAUCAAAGCCACUGGAUUAGGCUGUUACAGAUGGUAUCAAAGCCACUGGACUAGGCUGUUACAGAUGGUAUCAGAGUCAGUACCCGGAUCGGUGUGCCAGCGAGGACGCUGGACCCCAAGAGGAAAGGAUUAUGGUAUCAGAGCCAGUACUCGGAUCGGUGUGCCAGCGAGGACGCUGGGCCCCAAGAGGAAAAGAUUAUUGGAGGAGGUAGACAUCCGAAAGUUGAGAAGUAUUGCCAAGAUUCAUGGGACAGUGCUAUGCGUAUGUGGAGCUGUUUCCAUGGCAUUGCUUAGAGGUCCAAAGCUACUGAACACAGAGCACCUACCUGGAAAAUCCCUUUUUGGUUCAUUGUCAGAAGGUGAGAACUUGUUGCUGGGUUGUGCAUUUCUCUUUGCAAGCGCAUGUUGCCGGUCGAUUUGGCUAAUUUUGCAGGUUCCUAUUUCAACAAGCUAUCCUGACCAUCUGUCUUUAUCAGCUUGGAUGUGUUUCUUGGGAACAAUUCAAUCAGCAACAGUUACACUAUUCUUAGAGCAAGAUCCUGAAGCAUGGAUUAUGCAUUCUAGUUUUCAACUUGCUUACUGUUUUUUUGUGGGAAUAGUAGGAUCUGGGAUUUCCUUCUUUGUUCAAGCUUGGUGCAUAUCUAGAAGGGGUCCACUUUUUGCUGCAAUGUUCAAUCCCCUAUCGACAGUUAUGGUGACCAUUUUGGCUGCUAUUUUUCUCCAUGAGAAGAUUUAUGCUGGAGGCUUGGUAGGUGCUAUUGGAGUAAUCAUUGGCUUAUAUAUUUUGCUAUGGGGCAAAGCCGAGGGUGCCGUGGAAACCAAAAAAGAAACUGAUCAUCCGAAGCUGCAAAACGAAGUUGAUGAGGAGGAUAUUUUGAAGAAGACGAGUCAUAAAAUUGAUUUGGAGGAACCUUUUUUAUCACAUCAAGCAUCCUUUGUCUGAUGCACGGAUGCAAAUAUCCAUGAUAUUUUUCACAUUUCCGUCAAUAUUUCCAUAUUUUUUCAUAUUCGAUACUGAUAAUAGGGGGUAAAAUAUAUCCGUCGAUAUAUUCAAUAUUAAUAAAGUGUAUGAUGAUGUAUUAUGAAUAAUAUUUGAGAAUUUCAUAUAUUUUAAUAUUAUUUGUUAAAUUUUCUA